ACGGGGAGCCAUGGACGGGCGGAAAGUGAACGAGCUGCGGGCCUUCGUGAAACUCUGCAAGCAGAACCCGGCCCUGCUGCACGCCGAGGAGCUGAGUUUCUUCCGCGAGUGGGUGGAGAGCAUGGGAGGCACAAUACCACCGGUUCCAUGCAACACCACUUCUUCAGAGAAGCCUGAAGAGGCAGCACCAGAAGAAAAGAAGCCAGAGGAACCACCAAACCCACCAGAGCCUCAGAGUGACGAGAGUGAUUUGGAAAUUGACAAUGAAGGAGUAAUUGAACCUGACAUGGAUGAGCCUCAAGAAAUGGGAGAUGAAAAUAUUGAGGUGUCAGAUGAGAUGAUGGAUCAGGCCAAUGAAAAGAAGAUGGAAGCUAUUAAUGCACUAGGUGAAGGUAAACUUGAGGAAGCCAUUAAUUUGUUCACAGAAGCUAUCAAAUUGAAUCCUCAUCUGGCUAUUCUGUAUGCCAAACGAGCCAGUGUUUUUGUGAAAAUGCAGAAGCCAAAUGCUGCCAUUAGAGACUGUGAUAGAGCCAUACAGAUUAAUCCUGAUUCAGCACAGACAUAUAAAUGGCGAGGGAAAGCUCACAGACUGCUAGGUCACUGGGAGGAGUCUGCACGUGAUCUGGCAUUAGCCUGUAAACUGGAUUAUGAUGAAGAUGCCAGCACUAUGCUGAAGGAGGUGCAACCACGAGCUCAAAGGAUUGCAGAACAUAGGAGAAAAUAUGAACGAAAGCGUGAAGAGAAAGAAAUCCGUGAAAGGAUGGAAAGGGUAAAGAAAGCCCGAGAGGAGCAUGAGAAAGCUCAAAGGGAGGAAGAAGCUCGGCAACAGGCAGGAGGAGGAGCUCAGUUUGGAGGCUUCCCAGGUGGUUUUCCUGGUGGCAUGCCUGGUGGGAUGCCUGGAAUGGGGGGCAUGCCUGGUCUCAAUGAAAUUCUUAGUGACCCUGAAGUUCUUGCAGCCAUGCAGGAUCCAGAAGUUAUGGCUGCUUUUCAAGAUGUUGCUCAGAAUCCAGCAAACAUGUCUAAGUACCAGAAUAACCCCAAGGUCAUGAAUCUCAUUGGCAAACUUUCAGCCAAAUUUGGAACGCCACCAUAAAGUCCCCUUUUCAUUGCAAGAGGUGGGGGAAAUAUUGAUUACUUACCAUACGUUGCAAUAACACAAACCAUUGUACCUCUGAUUCUCAAAAGAGAACUAGGGUGUUCUAGAUAGAAUCAUUCUUCCUCCUGCUGUGCUUCAGAAAUGAAUAGCAGUCAGUUC